UAGAUUCACGUUGGCCAAUCAAACACAAUUUGUUAACUGCAGCCAGAGCGAACGUGCAUAUAAUUGCGAAUAGGAAAAUCCUGUCAGAGACUCUUCGUGCUUAUAACAGUACAGUGGUUCGGAGUCGAGCAACCUAAAAGGCCAGACCUUUUCGGGACAUCGUAACGUCAACAUCGUUCUAUCGCUGCUGCAUUUUAUCAUCGAGUUUCAAAUAACUUGUGAAUAAAAUAUGGAUCGUAAAAAUCAUCAGAAGAAUAAACGCGAUCGUUCGUUAUUGUGGUUUGUGCUAAUCGUGGUCGUGGGAUUAAUAAACGGCUCUUCGGGCUACACGGACAACGGAAAAACAGAGAAUUCAACAAUCAUCAAAAACGAUAAUAACGUCAAUGCAACGUUGUACUGUCCAAUCCUCAAGCGACAACCGGCUCUGGACUUGAAGCAGAUAAUGGGAAAAUGGUACGCGGUCGAAGUGGUGAAGCACAAAAUAGAACCACCUGCACCCGAUGGUCGUAAAGACGACGGUCCCCACGUUACGACUACGGUAAAAACUUGUCCCGUAGUAGAGCUGUGGCCGGAAGAUAAUUACAAUUCGAAUGGAAACAAAUCGGAAGAAAAAUCCAGCGGUAUCCGUAUCCGGUUAUUAUGGGUUGAGGACGCUGGGGAUCUUGAAUACUCUUUUAACGUACCCGAUCCAGGAAAGAAUCCCGGCUUAUGGCGUUCGGAAGGGCAACAAAACGGCACGCUGCUGACCCAUAAAUACGUCCAAUUCGCCGGGUCGGUCCAAGUAGUAAAAGCCACAGGAUCACGGAUGGUGCUGACUUUCUGCUCGGCGGUGAGUCCCCCGGGAGACGAGGAAACCCGUCAACUAUUUUCCUUCAUAUUAUCCCGAGAACACAGACUCCAGGAAAGCUUCGCGAUCAGGGUGCAAAAUCUUUUGGCGAGACACGGGCUCACCGUCGAAAGCGUCAAGGAGACGUGCCUCAACGUACCUGCGAACGAUUAUUCUAACGCCGAUUUGUAGGAAUUCCGCAACUACAAAAGCAAUUUUAUAAUACUUAGGAUGUACUUGGGAUUUCAGUCGGUCAAGCUCGAUCGAAAACUCUGAUAAUAAACUAUCUUGUACAGAAGAACUGAAAUUAUGAGCCUCAGGGUACAUAUUCGAUUGAUAUAAUAUUAGUUCAUCGUCGGAACUUGAAAUAAGUAAAAACUUGAGACUUCCUCGAUCAUUGUUGAUCUAUUGAAACUUCUUAUUAUAGGUACCU